GAUUAUGAACGAUGACCAAUAAAUUAAAGCAACACGAAAUUGGGAGACAACCAGAAAUAUUUUAUCAACAAAAUCUCAAUAAAUCUAGAUUUCAUGUACGUAGAGUACUCAUGUUAUCUCUGCGUAAGGAGAGUGAGAUCAUGGCGAGAUUCCAGCAUAGAUUUAGACGGAAAUGGCUGGAUAACUACAUGUUAUGGAGUAGCUUCUUAGGCACUGUCACUUUCUUCAUUCUACUCAUCCCGAUACCGUACUUCUGGGGACAUUCUGAUCGUGGACGUGCACUUCUGCAGACACUAGCUGCUAGCGUAUGGAUUACCUGCUUGAUGAAGGACUUUUGCUGUGUUCCCCGACCGUACUCACCUCCAGUGACGAGAAUAACUAUGGGGACUAGUCACUUGGAAUAUGGAUUUCCAUCGACGCAUUCUACAACGGCAGUAGCACAGGCAUUGGUGCUCAACAAUUGGCUGUCUGAUGCCACGGCUGAUGGGAGUGUUGAUCCUUUCACUAUGUCUGUCCUCCGCACACUUCUAAUCAUAGCAACCUCGAGUGUUGUUUUUGGCAGAUUUUACUGCGGCAUGCAUUCGGCACUCGACUGCUUCAGUGGUGUCAUCACGGGCACAAUGAUUUAUAUUACGCGGUCAUACAUUGGUCCAUACUACGAGGCAUUCAUAGAGCAAUCAACUUUCCUAACACCGAUUCUGUUGACUAUCUUGAGUUUGUACGCAAUACACGCCCACAUAGAACCUGCGGAAGACAAUCCAGCAUUCGAGGACUCUGUAGCAUUUAUUUCUGUAUUCCUUGGUAAUGGGAUUGGUGAAUGGAUAGCUUGCAACUAUGGUUUCCAUCAUUCGACCUACUUUGUCACUAAGCUCACAGGAUGGGAGUGGUGUCUGGCAUCUUUGUUUAAAUAUCCACUGGGCGUCGGUUUGAUCUUUUUGACUAGAAUAUUAUGCAAACCGAUCAUGCAAGCUGUAUUACCGCCUCUGUUUAGAUUAUUACACAAGCUUGUCAAACUUCCUAACAGGAAAAGCUACGUACCAGCAACUGAAUACGAGAGUUAUAAUCCUACGAGCGAUACACUGAACCCUAUACCCUCUGUUGUAGAUUUGGCACAAUUGAAGCAUGUGAAGGAGACGCAUAAUAGCAAGCAGGCCACAGAAAUUGUUGGUGAAGAACGUCCAACGAUUUCUCAAACAACGCAUAGAAAAUUCUCACCAAGACAUUAUGAUGCAGAUGUAAUGACGAGAGUUGUGAGCUAUGCGGCUAUGGGAUUCGUAGGUACUAUUAUAGCACCAAUUAUUUUCGAGAAGCUUGGUUGGGGAUUAUUUUAGUGAUAAAUGAUAGAUGAAUUUGUUAGUAAUACAAUUGAAAUUGUUGAUGGUUU